ACUUAUAGAACCUCAUUUUAACCCGGAAAAAAUAACCUGGAACAGUAGCUGUCUCGAAACAGCUUCUGAGUACAGAGAAUCGGGGAAAAUGGCUUCACGCCUGAGCCGGUUCUGGCCCACCCUGUCCCGGGUUCGGUUGAGCUCGGCGCUCGGGAGCCGCUGUGUGUCGCAGACGCCGAAUUCCAGCGCGUCUGGAGCGGCGGUGGCGUCUGAUCUGCAGCCCGUGUCUCCCGCUGCUCAGGACAGUCAUGGACACGCAGAGGUCAGCCCGUUUGAGAAGAAUCCAGAUUUCCAUGGCUUCCAUCAUCAUGACUCUUUUGUGGAUGAAUGGAACAUGAGGUUGGCAUUUUUCUUUGGCAUUUCUGUGGCCAUUGUUGUUGGAGGGACUUUCAUCCACUAUUUACCAGAUCAUGGUAUGAGGCAGUGGUCUCGCCGGGAAGCUGAAAGGUUGAUCAAACAGAGGGAAGCCGAGGGUCUUCACCUCAUGACUGAAAAUUAUUACGAUCCCAGCACGAUUGUUCUGCCCUCCUCUGGAGAGUAGACAACAUUUUGUCAAUAAUUUUUCUGUUAAUUUGUCUUUCGUUGUACAUUUGUCUCCCUUCAACUAUAAUGUAAUAAAAAAUGUUAUAAUAUAGUGGUUUGUGGUAUUUUUAACUAAUACUUGAAAAAGCAUGAACCUGUAGAAUUAGCUUUUUGUUUGCAAACGUAUGGGUGUAACAAAGUUGAGUGUUUAUGCAUGUUUGUGCACAUUUUAUGUAAUCUUUCUUAUUUUAAUGAUUGCACUAUUAACAUGUAAGCAUGUAAGGCUAAGAAUUACAGACAGGGCCAAAGUAUUUCUAUGCUGUACAACAACUGAAAGUUGCUGGUUUGUGGUGCAAUAUAAUGU